CCCCCAAGCUGGAAGUUUCUCUCCCGCUGCUUUUACACCCAAAACUGGUGGCUGGAGGACUCCCUGGCACAUCAGGCAGAGAUCCACGCUGCCUGCGCUCGCCCUGCCCGGGGUGAGAAGCCGCUGCUGUCCUGAGAGCUUUGCUUUUAACUAAAUCCCCUUUUAUCCCGCAGAAAGACAACCCCAAAUCCUCAGCACCCAUCAGAGCACUAAGCCCUCCCACGCCUGAGCCCAGGGAGUGACGGAUGCUCCUGUCCGGCGUGCCGGUAAUAAACAACCCAUGCCAAAUCCACCGCCGUCGGUGCCGGCUGGUACCCGGUGAAGGACUUUCCAUCCAAUCCCCCCCCACACUCCAGCUCCAAAGCUGCAAACGCAAUUAGCAGCAUCGCCUGGAAAACUUUGCUGGCUGCAGUUCGCCGAGAGAUGCUAAUCCCUCCAUCCGCCGCGGAGUCAGAUCCGGCGAACGCCCGUCGCUUGCUCAUCUUUUGUUCGGUACCCGGAAUGGUCCCUCUCGCCCCCCCUCUCACCCCUCCUUCCCUCCAGCAGAUGCAGCAGAUACGAUCAUCGGGGGGGGGGGAUAUAAAAAGCCGCCGGGACCAGCGGCCGAGCGGCAGACGCUCGCCGGGAGCGUGCGGGAGCGGGGGACGGAGGGUGUACGGUGGCAGCGGUCGGGCUCCCACCCUGAGCACAGGUCCUGCACGGUUUCUGAGCCCGCAGCCCCUCGCAUCCCUCGUGCGAGCCCAGCCUCGUACCCCCGGCCAGGAUGCCGAGCGCGGUGUGGAGCAUCCUGCCCGUGGUGCUGGGGCUCCUGCUCUGGCACCCCGCCGGCGCCAGCGGCCCGUGCUGGGAGAGCAGCAAGUGCCAGGACCUCAGCAGCGAGGCCAGCGUUUUGGCGUGUGCCGUGGCGUGCAGAGCCGACCUGUCGGCCGAGGCACCCGUCUACCCGGGGAACGGGCACCUCCAGCCCCUCUCCGAGAGCAUCCGCAAGUACGUCAUGAGCCAUUUUCGCUGGAACAAGUUCGGCCGGAGGAACAGCAGCAGCGGCGGCGGCAGUGGGGGGCACAAACGGGAGGAGACGGCGGGGGGCAACCCGCCGCCGGCAUCGCUGCCCGCCGUCCCGCCGUCCCGCCGCGAGGAAGAGGAGGGAACGGGGCUGGAGCGGGAGGAAGGCAAACGCUCCUACUCCAUGGAGCACUUUCGCUGGGGAAAGCCGGUGGGACGCAAGAGGAGACCCAUCAAGGUCUAUCCCAACGGGGUGGAGGAAGAGUCGGCCGAGAGCUACCCCUUGGAGUUCAGGCGGGAGCUGGCGCUCGGCGGCACCGGGGCACCGUCCGAGGAGGAAGAGGAGGAGGAGGAGGAAGGCCAGGAGGAGGAGAAGGCGGCCGGCGGUGCCUACCGCACGCGCCAUUUCGGCUGGCACGCGCCCUUGAAGGACAAGCGCUACGGGGGCUUCAUGACCUCGGAGCACAACCAGACCCCUCUAGUGACUCUUUUCAAAAAUGCCAUCAUCAAAAGCGCCUACAAGAAGGGGCAGUGACGGGCGAGAGCCCGAGGGGCAGCCCACCCCCUCCACCACCCCUCCCCGUAGCUUUAGUGUCCCGCUGGCAUGUGUUUCACUUAGAGAUCACUCGUUAUGUCAUUCUUAAUUAGUACUCCGAAGGGGUCCGCUCCCGGGUUUCACUGGGUGGGAAGAGGUUCGGGAUAAAGACAUCAACCGCUUUGCCGCACCCACUGGACACGCACAGGGAGCGGGGAUGAUGCCCAGUUUGGAGCACGCUGGAUGAUUUUCAUAUUUUCACUGAGCUGUACAAUACUGUAAAUGAUAGAUUAAAAGAAUUCUAAAAAAAAAAAUAACAACACAUUUUUU